AUGUCUAAGAUGCUGUCUUCCCUGGUCUUCAACAACCUGGCCCACAAUAGGAAGAGCUUGCAGACCAUGAACAAGAGUCUGUCUUCCAUCAUUGAGGACCAUCCCGAGAAGCCGACCAAGAAGGACAAAGAGCCUGCGAAGGUUUCCAAUCCCUCGGCCAAUCCUUUCCACAUGUCUGGGGACAUGGACUUCUUCCUGUUCAGGGACCAGGAGCUCAAUAAGGCUAUUUUGGAGCGGGAGCAGAGGAAGGCCAUGCAGGUCCACCAGAAGACGACCGUCUCCUCCAAGGUGUCCACCAAGCAGAGCCACCUGCGUCGCGAGCUGUUGCUGGAGGAGGAGGCAGAGGACAGGGAGCUACAGGCAGGGGAGGAGCAGAUGCGAGCCUUCCAGCAAGAAGCGGCCUGGAAACUGGCCAUGACCAGAGCUGAAAAGAAAAUGGAGCCCGACACCCUGAGCAGCUACAUCGACCAGAAGCGGAAGAUGUUCCUGAUCCAGUACGCCGUGGAGAUGAAGCGGAGUGAGAUCAGGAGGCUGGAGUCCCUGGCCUCCGAGGAAGAGGCCCGGCUGAAGGAGGCCCAGAAGUCAUUGGAGAUGGACGCCAUGCUCUUUGACGAGUUCCUCAGAGACAACGACGCCAACUCCGUCCAGGCCAUGAGACUGGCUGAGAAGGAGACCAAAGUCAAGAUGGAUAAGAUGGCGGAGAUCCGGGAGCUCACCAUCCAGAUCAUGCACGUCAAGAGCGAGAUCGCCAAGUUCGAGGACACCCUGCAGCAGUACAAGAUGUACAAGGACUUCCUGUACAAGGUGUCACCCAAGGAGUGGCUGCAGGGACAGGAGAGGCGGCGGUUGGCCCUCAGGAAGGCCAAGGAGGUGGCCCAGGCCCCCGCGAAGGGCGGUGGGAUCCCGGCACCAGGGGACAAAGAGCCUCACAUCGUGAAGAAGCCCCUGAAGCGUCUGCAGGCCACACGGGGUGGACAGGCCCUGUCUAGUAGCAGCAGCAGCCUCCAGCCCUUGCCGCCCAGUCAGCCGGACCCUGGGAGGCCCAGCUCUGACCCCAUGCCGGAGGACUCGGACAGCGAUGAGGAGGUUGGUGACCUGGCUGUGCCUUCCCCUCCCUCAGCCCUGCACCCCCCUCCCCCCAUGGGCCCAGGCAGCUGCCCCUCCUGCCCCAGGGUCCCCUGCGGCCCCUGCCGGACGCCAUCCUUGCAGGAACACGUGCUGUUCUUCACGGAGCCGCAGCAGCUGCUGGACAUCUUCACGGACCUGGAGGAGCAGAACCUGUCUCUGAUCCAGAACACCCAGGAGAUGGAGGAGACGCUGGAGGAGCUGAACCUCACCCUGAAGAGCACGCAUGUGCGCAUGGACAGGGAGGUCCAGCAGCUGAAGCAGUGGGUGACCACGAUGACCAUGUCCAUUGCCAAGGAAGAAGAGAUGGCUUCUGAGCUGGAGCUCAAGGCCCGCGUCUUCCACUUUGGGGAAUACAUGGGCGACCAGCAGGACAAGCUGCUGGAGAGCCUGGACCACAAGGUGCUGGACGUGUACAGGCGCUGCGUGGGCGGCCCGCAGGAGGCGAACCUGGGCACCGUGCAGAUGCUCACCACCAUCGAGCACCAGCUGGAGGAGCUGCUGGAGAGCCUGGAGCGCAUGCCGGCCUCCUGGGUGGAGCAGAUCGAGAAGGCCCAGGAGAAGGAGCGCCACCGGAGGCUCCGGGAGGAGAAGGCCAUGAUGCAGAGGAUGCUGCAGGAGGAGCGUCUGCAGCGGGCUCGGGCCCGGGCCCAGGCGGCGGUCAAGAGGAAGCGGGGCCGCAAGCUGGUGUGCCGGUCGCGGCCCCCGGCCCCCAGGGUGAAGGAGGAUCCCGAGCACCCGGUGGUGGACAAGGAAGAGGAGGAGCUGCUCUUCUUCUUCACUUAG